AUGUCUAAACUGAUUACCGUCUUCGGUGCCACCGGGCAACAAGGUGGCUCUGUCAUCCGUUCUAUUCUGCAAGAUGAUAUCCUAUCCAAGGAGUUCAAAAUCCGUGGUAUCACUCGCGAUACUUCAAAGCCAGCAGCCCAGGCGCUGUUGAAGCAGGGAGUUGAGCUUGUUUCGGCUGAUAUGAACUCCAAGGAGUCAUUGGUGAAAGCAAUUCAAGGAAGUCACUCCGUCUUUCUUGUCACCACCCCUGCUUGGGGAGUAGCUGGAUCCGACGCCGAGCUUGUCCAUGGCAAGAAUGUCGCCGACGUCGCCAAGGAAAGCGACGUUCAGCAUCUCAUCUUCUCUUCCCUUCUCGAUGUGACUAAGGAGACCGCUGGCCGACUCAAGCAUGUCCCUCACUUCGAUCAAAAGGCUCAGGUUGAGCAGUACAUCCGGUCAAUCGGUGUUCCGGCUACAUUCAUCUUGCCUGGUUAUUUCAUGGGCAACUAUACCUCUUUUGGCAUGCUGCGCAAGGGCGACGAUGGUGUCUACACCUUGGCCUAUCCUAUUGGCCAAGAUUCCCAGUUCCCUCUCAUUGAUAUUGCAAGUGACAUGGGUAAAUUCGUCGCCGCUUCCUUGAAGCUCCGUUCCGAAACCCUUGGUGCUCAAAUUCUUGCGGCGGCUGAGUACUACACUGCCACUCGCAUCCUUGCUGAGUAUGAGGAGGUUACUGGGAGAAAGACCCAGUUCAUGCAGAUUGACCCUGAAACCUACAAGAGCUUUAUCCCCGGCCCAAUGGGCGAGGAGAUGCUGGAGAACCAUCUGUUUAUCGAGAAGCCUGGUUACUAUAACGGCCGAAGCUUGAAGGAGAGUCAGGAUCUGCUUAAGAAGGCUGGGUUCCAGGCUACAUCCUGGAAGACCUUCCUGGAGGAGAACAAGUCUACCCUCUAA